UGCAAUUUAGCCUACUAGACUAACUCAUUGCAAACGUGCCUGUGACGAGAAUGGUUAUUCACGGGAAUUAAUUGAAGGAUUUAAGCAUCACCAAGGUUACUGGCAAUGUAACCGAUACGGGGAUUAAUAUUACAGACAGGGGAGCUCAUUUACACCGGUACAGAGAUUUUCAGGAGCCUAAUGCUGACAGGAUUAAACCCUGCUCUAGUAUCAGAUGUGGAGGUAGGGCAGUGUAACAUGUAAGUUGGACUAUUUCUGUGCAUUUUCAUUCAAUUGAAAUGUUUCGGCUCGUAAUGGUCAGGCAUCGAUAGAUCGUUCAGCAAACGGACUUCAUAUUCUCAAACUUGUGUGGGCGUGAUGCAAUUUCUUCAGCGUGCACUUCGUCUGGAGGUGCUUAAUAUUCCCCGUCAUAGCAUCUAACAUUGUAAACCGGUACAAGUAGUGAGGAUUUUGGAAACACAAUUCACAUGGGCGAACCGAGGGUUCGGUUCUGGUUUCUUUGGACUCGGGCUCGCUGUCAAGACAACGGUGUUACUGAUCCAGAGAGAGAGAAACGAUGGGCAGAAUUAUUUGACCAAUUGGACCUAAAUAAAGACGGCCGGAUAGACGUGAAUGAACUGCGCACUGGACUAGCUGCUUGGGGUGUUCGUGGUGAUGUGGAGGAGAUUGUGCGUGUCAGCGACACUAACCACGAUGGCCAGUUGGACUUUGAGGAGUUCACCCAGUACCUACUGGAGCAUGAGAAAGAGCUCCGGCUCAUGUUCCACAACCUGGACCGCAACAACGAUGGUCACAUAGAUGUGGGAGAAAUCCAGCUGUCCCUGCGCAACCUGGGAGUGGAUGUAUCCGUGGAGCAGGCCUCCCGAAUCCUCCAGAGUAUGGACAAGGAUGGCACCAUGACCAUUGACUGGAAAGAGUGGCGAGAUCACUUCCUGUUCAACCCCCUUCACAACCUGGAGGAAAUCGCUCACCAUUGGAAGCACUCUCUGAUGCUUGACAUCGGUGAGCAGCUGACGGUCCCUGACGAGUUCUCGGAGCGGGAGCGGAGGUCGGGGUUGGUGUGGAGGCAGCUCAUGGCGGGGGCCAUGGCAGGAGCCGUCUCCCGAACCGGCACAGCCCCACUGGACCGCCUCAAGGUGUUCCUGCAGGUGCAUGGCUCUCGUGGAGUGAGCCUGUGGAUAGGCCUGCGGGGCAUGGUCCAGGAGGGAGGCAUCAGGUCCCUGUGGAGGGGGAACGGUAUUAACGUGCUCAAAAUAGCCCCAGAAUCAGCUAUCAAGUUUAUGGCCUAUGAACAGAUUAAAUGGGUGCUCAGAGGCUGCAGGGAGGGAGGCACGCUGAGGGUGCAGGAGCGGUUCGUAGCAGGCUCUCUGGCAGGGGCCACUGCCCAGACCAUCAUCUACCCUAUGGAGGUGCUGAAGACUCGGCUGACUCUGAGGAAAACGGGCCAGUACGCAGGCAUGCUGGACUGUGCCAAGCAGAUCCUUCAGAAGGAGGGAGUACGGGCCUUCUACCGGGGCUACAUGCCCAACACUCUGGGCAUCAUUCCAUACGCUGGCAUCGAUCUGGCCGUCUAUGAGACCCUAAAGAAUGCCUGGCUGCAGCGGUACUGCAUAGGCUCGGCUGACCCGGGGGUUCUGGUGCUGCUGGGAUGUGGCACCGUGUCCAGCACCUGCGGCCAGCUCGCCAGCUACCCACUGGCUCUGAUCCGCACGAGGAUGCAGGCCCAAGCCUCCAUAGGGGGUGGGCCGCAGCUGUCAAUGGUGGGCCAGUUCAAGCACAUCGUGUCCCACGAGGGGGUCCCGGGCCUCUACCGCGGCAUUGCCCCCAACUUCCUCAAGGUCAUCCCUGCCGUCAGCAUCUCCUACGUGGUGUACGAGCACAUGAAAAAAGUCCUCGGGGUCGGCUCGAGAUAGAUGGUGAAGGGGAGAUUCUGUGAGGAGGAAAAUGGUCCGAGAGUUGAAGAUCACGACAACAUUCAGAUAAUGAACAGAAACAAAAACAGAAGACGCCAACUCCAGUGGAAGGAUACUGCAGUAAACGGUCCAAAAACCCUCUCUCUCUCCUAGUGUACAAAAGUGUCCCUCAUAGACCAUGUAAUCUUCAUUAGCCUCAACCAUCAUUAUUAGCUGGACCAGAAGCAAUAUCUGACAGCAGAGGAAUUUCAUGGAAAGCAUCAGGAGAGUGUAGGUGUGGAGAAGGAGAAGUAUCCUGUACAUUUAUUGCAUGCUACAAAUAAGCAUAGUUAGACAACGACCAAGAAAUGCUACGGAGCACAGAUGGGGGAAGUGUUGAGUGAUGUAUUUUUACAAGAGUUUUAAUGUAGAUGUAUUUUAAUGCAGAUGUAUAUUUUCUCCAUUCCACUCCAUAUUUCAAAACCUAUUUUUGUAAUGGCAAAAGGUAGGUUUUACAGAAAUAUUAUCAAGGCUAUCGUCACUGAACAAGGACAUGGGGUGGAUGUGCACUCAUUUCCUAAGAGGUGAAUGUGUUCUCGUUCCCAAAGUGGUACUUAACUGUAAAUACGCACACCGUUUCCCCUCCUAAAUAUUACCAGUGGCAACAACCAAUCCAGUAUGUUUAGCUGAUUCUAACCGUUCUGCCCUGCAUCUGCUGUAAGGUUAAUGCUGUAGACGCUGUUGAAGCAUUGUGAGCUUUAAAAGAGCGCUGUCCUGGCCUUCAGCUAGUAAGUGGGAUGACAUCAGCACUAAUUGGGAGAUAGGGGAGAGUAUAAUAUUGCACUUGACAGAGAAACUGAGUUUACAUGUGUGUUGUGAUGCUGAAUGGUUUAUGAACAUUUUGGAGCAUGUAUGAUUGGUGGUUAAACUAAUUUAGUAGUUUAUUCUGCCUCUGAGGAGUUUAACCAUCCCAUUUUGGUGAUGCAUGCUGUGUUAAGCGUGGAAUUUACGAAGCAGGUCUUACAUUUGUAAUUUCCUCCAAAGAUCAGCACAAUUCUGUCCUGGUGUUCUUUUAAAACACAUACAAUGCCCAUAUGUAUUUGCUUGAUGAUUGAUUGCAUUAAUUGCAUUUUGUACUGAUAUACUAUUGAAUCCAGGAAGGCAGCUUGUUUAGAGCAUACAAAGCAUGAACAAGGAAUGUAACUGUGCCGUUGUUCCAUGCCAGAUGUUUGUGUGCUCAAGUUCCAGUUGCACAGAAAUGUGAAAGCUUUGAUUGGUUGAUGUUGGUUGUGUUUCCACUAAUAACACUAAAGCCACUGUAACUUGCACUAGCUAUAGCCAAACACUAACAGUCACCCCAUGGAGUUCUGGAAACUGACUUGGGCUUCAACAAAAAUAGCAGCACGAUUUAUUGUUGUUUGACAUGGUACGGGCAACGUCAGGGAGGGGCACAAAAUCUGAUCUUGUGAAGGUGUUACAAAUGCUGAACGAUAUUUUAUGGGUCCAGGUUAUUGUACAUUUUAUUAGGCCUAUACGUCCAUGACUAUUAGUCACAAAAGGCUGUCAUUGCCAUGACUAUGUCUUCAUAACAUCCUAUUUACUUUUUUAAACUUAUGCUGAGCUUCCAUGAGUGCUGAAAGUAGAACAACUACCCAUAAUAAGAAGUGCUUUGCUGUUGAUUUGAUCCUUAUUAUUUUGUGUGCUACCUAAGUAAACUGCAUCAGAAGGAAACAUAGCCUACUGCUCCUAGAGUACUGUACACAUUCUUAAUCAUAUAUGGUAUUUAAAAUACAUACUGAAUGUAUAGUUGAUGUGGUUGACUAUAUCAUAUCCAAGUAGAGUAUAAGAUGAAUGCAUGCACAUAUGAAGCCCUUUAACAUCAUACAUCUAUAUGGUACAUCAGUGGCCAUUCGGUAUCUGCUCGAUGGUUUGGUUCCGUUCUGGUUAGGGUGCCUUGACUCUUUGUAGGAAACACAGAAUAUGCUGAUGCUAUGCUGAUGCCUAUUGAAAGAGCCAUAUGUGAGCUGCUGUGAACAGCAGGUCCUGCAGGAUUUCUGCCCUGCAGGGUAUUCGUCCACAUCUGGACACACAUCUUUAUGUUUAUCUGAGAUGUUGCUUGUCCUGUACACGUUUUUGGUCAUAUUAAGUUGCACUGUGAGAAAAUGUCCAAUAUCUUUAGUCAGAGCAUACUGUGCUCCAAUAUCUAAGUGUGCAUUGAGAGGGAUUGGCAAGUGUGUGCAACAUUCACUCAGAUUAAAGAUUAAAGGUCCAUAUACAGUAUGACACUGACGUUUUUGACUGGAUGACGCUUAAAGGGCUUUGUCUGCACUAGUUCUUGCACUGACGACAUAAAUGCUAAGUACUGUUUGAAAAGACUCUGGCUUCUGUUAAUAACAGCACCUUCCCUAACCAA